CCAGUAUAUAAGGGUCUCCCCCUGCUCAGUUGGUGUAGUUGCGGGUUUUCUGUGUUCACUGGAGGAGGAUGAAGCUUCUGAUGUUGGUGUGUUUGGUGGCAGCGGUGACGGAGGCGAGGCCGCAGACUGCUCUGCAGCCAGAGGUACCACACAUAUUGGCAGCCUUUGACGCUUACCAUCAACUGUGGUUGGCUGAAGCUAAAAGAAACUCCAUGGCACCCACAUUAGCACACCAGCAACCGGCACAACAACAGCCACUGACACCAGAACUACCUCAGGAACAGCUAGGAGCAGAACAGCCUCCUCAAAAAACAUUAGCUGAAAAGCUGCCAGCUCAGGAACAACUAGUAGUAGAGCAGAACUCACAGCCGAUAGUUGAGGUAAGACAAGCUCCGCAACAAGCGGAAGUGGAAGUAGUGAUGGUGCAGGAAGCUGAGGCCCCUGCAGUUUCCAUGACACCAGCGCCAGAUAUGACCGCUGCAUUUAAUAAUUUCUUCACCCUUUGGGAGGCCGAGGCAGCAAGGAACGCAAUGGCACCUUUGUCAGUUCAGCAGGCGGCCCCUGCGAUUCCUGAAGCGCAGGAAAAACAGCUAGUGACACUGGUGCAGGAAACACAACCAGUGACACUGGUGCAGGAAACGCAGCCGAUAACAGUGAUGCAGCAGGCAACUCUACAACAGCAGCAGCCACACGAGGUCAUGGUGGAGGCCCCCCUAGCAUUUGCCGAACCUGUGCCUGAUAUGCAAGCAGAGUUUGCCAGGUUCCAUAAAUUGUGGAAACAGGAAGCAGACAGGAACUCAAUUCUUCCGUCAGUGGUUAACACUCUUCUACCUCCACAGACCAUCUUGUCUCACGUUGCAAAGGGUGAUGUGGGAGGAGCUUCGGCCAAGUCCCCGGUGGUGAGAUCUCCCUUCUUCAAUCUGGGGGCGACCAGUGGCCUCCCUACCAUCAUCGUCUUUCCAGGUGGUGCGUCCCAACAAGUGGUAUAGAAAACCUGCAACUCCCAUCACACUGAUGGGCAUCGCUCCUUCAUGACUUGAAACUGUUAUGUGAUCAAUUCUUUUCAUAAGUAAAUUCGUAAGUUUUGUAUAUAAAAUGAUGCAUUUCAGUGUAAUGCUGUUUAUGUUAAGUAUAUGGAAUUAUCAUUUGUAAAUUUUUAUAUAAGAGGCUUUUAUAUAUAU